AUUUCGUUCUUCUUCUGCUUUACUUGAUGACUUGUUCUGCUCCGCGAAUUCCAUCUUCGAUUAAUUGUUCGGAUUGGUUCUGAUUCCCGCAGUCGCCAUUAGUUGCCACUUCACAAGUUCUCUGAAACUGUAAUCUGUUCAUUUAAUUUUUCGCAUUUCAGUUCUGGAAUCACCAAACACCGAAAUGGUUUCCCGAGUUCAACCCAAAGAAGACAACCCUAAGAAGCAAUGGUCCUUGAGAGAUUUCGAGAUCGGAAAACCUCUUGGAAAGGGGAAAUUCGGUAGAGUCUACGUCGCUCGGGAAGUCAAGAGCAAGUAUAUUGUGGCUCUGAAGGUUAUCUUCAAGGAACAAAUAGAAAAGUACAGAAUUCAUCAUCAAUUGAGGAGAGAGAUGGAGAUUCAGACUAGUCUUCACCACCCCAACAUUCUGCGUCUCUAUGGAUGGUUUCAUGAUGCCGAACGGGUUUUCUUGAUACUUGAGUAUGCUCAUAGUGGCGAGCUUUACAAGGAGCUCAGAAAGAAAGGUCAUCUCACUGAGAAGCAAGCAGCCACGUAUAUCUUGAGCCUCACAGAGGCGUUGGCAUAUUGUCAUGAGAAACAUGUCAUUCAUAGGGAUAUAAAGCCCGAGAAUUUGUUACUUGACCAUGAGGGCCGGCUUAAAAUUGCAGACUUUGGUUGGUCUGUACAGUCAAGAAGUAAGAGACAUACCAUGUGUGGAACUUUGGAUUAUCUAGCACCUGAAAUGGUAGAAAAUAAAGAACAUGAUUUUUCUGUUGAUAACUGGACUUUGGGUAUUCUUUGUUAUGAAUUCCUCUAUGGUUCUCCCCCAUUUGAGGCUGAGAGUCAAGUUGAUACCUUCAAGAGGAUAAUGAAGAUUGACCUAAACUUCCCUUCUACUCCUUCUGUUUCUUCAGAAGCCAAAAAUCUGAUUAGCAGGCUCUUGGUGAAAGAUUCCUCAAGAAGACUAUCACUUCAGAAGAUUAUGGAGCAUCCUUGGAUACUUAAGAAUGCUGAUCCUAAGGGUAUCUGCAAUAAAUAGGCUUAACACCUCCAAUCACUAUGUCUCUGAGGGAUUGGACGUUAGAAUUAUAGAUCUGAUGUAAAAUGCAAGCAAACUGACUAUCUUUUGGCAUGGUUGUGAUGAAAUAUGAAGGAUAAACAUUGUACAUCUAACUGGAAUAGGGUGAAUUUUGCAAGUGGCUGUAAGGAAACACACUGGUGUUUCUAAGAUUCCUUA